GUAAGACAUUGAAUGUGAAGCUUCUGAAAGUCAGAGAGCCUUGGCAUUGACCGUAUCAUACUAGACGCUCUCUCGUCUCGGUGCUUCGUUGUUCCAUCAACAAACACGAACGGGAUGCAUGAUUUUCAUGAUUUUGGGCUACGCGUGGCGAAGCGAUGUCACAUAUUAUUUAUCACGAUCAACAUAGUGUUCCUGCCGACGAGACACUUCGAACAGGAUACCCCGGACAGGGCACCUGUCACAAUGAAGUUAAACGCGCUAAACGCAUGUCCACUGGCGUCCAGAUCAAUAUUACGGAGGCGUAACAAAAUGACAAUCAAGAUCGGAGGAUAAUUCGCAGAAGGAACGCUGCCGUUGUUUAUGGAUUGUUAAUCCGAUAGUAGAUUGAACAAUCUUGUAUCCGAUGCCGCUUGGUAGCAAGCCAGAAUGCACAAAAUGCGGGACUCGCGAGACUCCAUUGUGGCAUUCGACCGAUGCUGGAAACUUGUGCAACGCUUGCUUGGAGGACGAACGGAAUUCCGAAGCGAAUUCAUCCUCUAAAGCAGACGAGGAGGAUAAAAGUGGCUCGCUUAAACCUAGAAGAAGCACGAGAAUCACUAGAUAUUGCAAUACAAAAGCGACAGGGCCGCAUAAAAUUAUACCUAAGGGCAAGGGUCGCAGGAACUUGUUUAAGAAAACGCCAAUCAAGGCCCCCACUGCUACUGCAACUCCAGUCACUAGCAACUUUGUAUUUUAUAAAGGUACAUAUUUUCAAGUUGGAGAUAUAGUUUCUAUGCAAGAUGUAGAUGGUGGUAUUUAUUAUGCUCAAAUUCGUGGUUUAUUGACGGAUCAGUAUUGUGAAAAGAGUGCUGCUGUUACCUGGUUAUUACCCACUACAGCAAGUCCACCACCAGAAGAAGGUUUUACUCCCGAAACGUAUAUAAUUGGACCAGAGGAAGAUUUACCACGCAAAUUAGGGUGUAUGGAAUUUGUUAUGCAUGCUCCAUCGGAUUAUUUUAAGUUAAAGAAUACACCUUAUCCACCUGCACUUACAGAAAAAGGAAUCGGUUACAUAUGGACAACUCUUAGAAACGAAUUAGCUAUAUCUAAAAAGUAAUAAUUGUUUUAGAAUAUAAUAAUAGAUUUAACUGCAUAAAAAAUAUCAUUUAUACUAUAUGCAAACUAUUUUCAACUAUUUUCAAUGAUUUUUAGAAUGUUAUUUAGAAUAUUUUUUAGUCAAAAAAGCUAUUCUAGCAGAGUGAGUGUGUAAAUAACGUUGCAAAGUUUCUAUUAGUACAACAGAAAUAUACAUAGAAAAUAAUACACA